AUGCGCGGCGGCCACCAUGGCGGCAGCAGCGCCGCGGCGCAGCUGCAGCUCGGAGGCGCCGCGACGUCGCUGGCCACGGACGAGACGCCCCACGCCACCACGGCCGCGGCGAAGUACGCGGUGCUGUACCCGAUACUGAACUCCAAUGCCGCCGGCGCGGUCCUCAUUCCCAGCGGCGACGUGCUGCUCUCCGGGCCGGUGGCGCUGGCGCCCGCGCACGACCGUUGCCACGUGAGUGAUGAUGAUGACGAGGAGGAGGAAGACAAUGACGUCGACCUGGAGCUGCGCCUCUGGUGGCCGUGA